AAAAAUAGACUAAUUUUUGAAUAAUUCUCCAAAAAGGAUAAGGAUUUGUAAGUGGGUAUUUGUUGGUUCAUCAAUUAGUCAAAUAAAGUUUGUUUCUUUAUAAGAAUAAAAAAAUUUAAAUUUGUUUAAAUGAUUCAAUUUUGAAGCAAAUUUUUUUGAAGAAAAAAUAAAAUUUUAGAGAGAGAUGCAGACAGAGGCAAGAGUAGGAGUGGUGUUACAGCAAAAACAGCAAUUUAAACAGUCACAGAUCGGAACUGUUUCUCAGUUACUGGCCGGUGGCAUUGCCGGUGCUCUGAGUAAGACUUGUACUGCUCCCCUUGCUCGGCUGACUAUUCUUUUUCAGGUGCAAGGCAUGCACUCUGAUGUUGCAACAUUAAAGAAAGCUAGCAUAUGGCAUGAGGCUUCUCGAAUAAUUAGAGAGGAAGGAUUUAGAGCGUUCUGGAAGGGGAAUCUUGUCACCAUUGCUCAUAGGCUGCCUUACUCAUCUGUCAACUUUUAUGCAUACGAGCAUUAUAAAAAGUUGUUGCAUACAAUACCUGGCCUGGAAAGUCAUAGGGUAAACAUGGGUGGGAAUGUCGUUGUCCAUUUCGUAGGUGGUGGUUUGGCAGGAAUAACAGCAGCAUCUACUACAUAUCCGUUGGAUCUCGUACGAACACGUCUUGCUGCUCAGACAAAUGUGAUCUACUACAAAGGUAUUUUUCAUGCAUUACAAACGAUAACCACGGAGGAGGGUGUUUUUGGGCUCUACAAGGGUCUUGGAGCCACACUCCUGGGUGUUGGACCCAAUAUAGCUAUCGGCUUUUCAGUGUAUGAGACGCUACGAUCUUUUUGGCAAUCACACAGGCCACAUGAUUCUCCUGUCGCGAUGAGUUUGGCUUGUGGAAGUUUGUCCGGCAUUGCAUCGUCAACAGCUACAUUUCCUCUUGACCUUGUGAGGCGAAGAAAGCAAUUGGAAGGAGUAGGUGGACGAGCUCGUGUAUACACAACCAGUCUUUUCGGCACAUUUAAGUAUAUAAUGCAGACCGAGGGCUUUCGGGGUCUAUAUAGAGGCAUCUUGCCAGAAUACUACAAAGUAGUUCCCGGUGUAGGCAUUUGUUUUAUGACCUAUGAGACUCUGAAAAUAUGUUUAUCAGAUGUUACUGCUAAACUGUAAUCUGACGUGAUGAUAUAAUUGACGUGAGGAUCUACUGGAGCCUGGAGGAGGCUGGCCUUCAACCGAAACGAUCCCAGGGCUGAACAAUUUCCCUUUAGUAUUAUUGAUUGUACUCCAUUUGUUUUCUCAUGGUGGUUAAAUUUGUAAUGCUACUAUGAGAGUUAUAUAUUUUAGUGUAGAUCAAGAAAAAAAAAUUAGAAUUAUACUCUUCACACAAGAAAAAGCAAUACCAGUUGUGACCCAUGUCUCUUAA